AGGUUGGAGCGUUCCCCGGGGGUGUGUCGGCAGCGAGAGCGCAUGUGAGGAGUGCGGAGCCCAGCCCGCCUCGCCCCCUCCCUGCGAGCAUCCUCCGCUGCCAGCCCGGAGCGAGCCAGGCAGCAGCAUCCAUGGCCUGGCCCUGACUGCUGCACCCGCUCCUUCCUCCUCCUCCUCCUCCUCCUCCUCCUCCUCCUCCUCCUCCUCCUCCUCCUCCUCCUCCUCCUCCUCCUCCUCCCCCCCCGAGGCCGGGCGCUGCUGAACGGGGCUCGCCCUCUCCUGCGUUUUUCCAGCUCCGUGGGAACUGAGGAAUGCGAUUCUGCCACCAUGAUGGAAGGAUUGAAAAAACGCACCAGGAAGGCCUUUGGUAUACGCAGGAAAGAAAAGGACACUGAUUCCACAGGGUCACCGGACAGGGAUGGCAUCCAGCCCAGCCCUCAUCCCAAUGAUCCAACUUCCAAUAGCAAAGCCGAGGGCACGCAGGAAGGAGGAAAUAAAAACGGGAAGAAAACCAACGGAGCCCCAAAUGGAUUUUAUGCAGAGAUCGACUGGGACAGAUACAACUCACCUGAGCUGGAUGAGGAGGGAUACAGCAUCCGACCCGAGGAACCAGGAUCUACCAAAGGAAAGCACUUCUACUCCUCCAGCGAGUCGGAGGAGGAGGAGGAGGCGCACAAGAAAUUCAACAUCAAGAUCAAACCCCUGCAGGCCAAGGACGUCCUGCGCAGCGCCGCCACCGUGGACGAGCUCAAGGCCUCCAUAGGCAACAUUGCACUUUCUCCAUCCCCCGUGAGGAAAAGUCCGCGGCGCAGCCCGGGGACGAUGAAAAGGAAUUUAUCCAGUGAGGAGAUCACACGGCCCCGGCGCUCCACGCCCACACCAGACCCCGCCAGCAGGAAACCCGGGGAGGAUCCCGCGGCGCUGGCCCCGCUCUUCGGGCCCCCGCUGGAGUCGGCCUUCGAGGAGCACAAGCUGGAUGCUGCUCUGGACCAGCCUGAGAUAUGGGGGUCAGUCCAACCCAUCAACACAAACGCAGAGUCCCCAAAACUUCCAAGACCUUUUCCAACUGGAACCCCUCCGCCGCUCCCCCCGAAGAACAUCCCGGCCACGCCGCCGCGCACCGGCUCCCCCCUGCCCCCGGCCAUCGGAGGGGACCAGGCAGCAGCAGAGCCCAAACGGGACAAACCCCCGUCCAUCAAUGACUUGGACAGCAUUUUUGGCCCCGUGCCGUCCCCUAAAUCUGCUGCUGCCACCGCGGAAGACAAAUGGGUCCAUUUUUCCGAGCAAUCCCCGGAAAACGCAGCUCCGGAAUUGUCACCCCGGGACGAAGCGCCGUCCCCGGCCGAGCAUCCCCACCCGCCGCCCUCGCCGCUGCAGCUCCAAGACGCUCCCAAGAAGCUUCCUGAGCAUCCUCACCUUAAGGAUGAUCCCGCCGAGCCCAUCGCAGCCUCUCCCAAAGAUUUGGGGCCGGGUCAAAGAGCCACCCCGCCGCCCCCUCCGCCGCCCACCUACCGCGCGGUGGUCUCGUCCCCCGGACCGGCCGCCGGCUCGGGAAGCGCCAGCGGUUCCUCGUCCCCGGCUCGCCCCGGAACGCCGCUGGCCACCUGUGGCACCCCCCCGCCACCGCCGCCCCGACCCCCGUCCCGGCCCAAGCUGCCCCCCGGCAAACCCCCCGUCAGCGACGUGUCCAGGCCUUUUAGCCCUCCCAUCCACUCCUCCAGCCCUCCUCCGAUAGCACCUUUAGCCCGUGCUGAAAGUACUUCUUCCAUAUCUUCCACCAAUUCCCUGAGUGCAGCCACCACUCCCACCGUCGAGAAUGAACAGCCUUCCCUCGUUUGGUUUGACAGAGGAAAGUUUUAUUUGACUUUCGAAGGCUCGUCGCGGGGCCCCAGCCCCCUGACCAUGGGGGCACAGGACACCCUGCCCGUGGCUGCCGCCUUCACCGAGACCGUCAACGCCUACUUCAAAGGGGCUGACCCCAACAAGUGCAUCGUGAAGAUCACGGGGGAGAUGGUGCUGUCCUUCCCGGCGGGCAUCACGCGGCACUUCGCCAACAACCCCGCUCCGGCCGUGCUCACCUUCCGCGUGCUCAACUUCAACAGGCUGGAGCACGUCCUGCCAAACCCCCAGCUGCUCUGCUGUGACACCGUGCAGAGUGACUCCAACUCCAAGGAGUUCUGGGUCAACAUGCCAAAUCUGAUGACUCACCUAAAGAAGGUAUCGGAACAGAAACCUCAAGCCACCUAUUACAAUGUGGAUAUGCUCAAAUACCAGGUAUCUGCCCAGGGUAUUCAGUCUACUCCAUUAAACCUUGCAGUGAGCUGGCGGUGUGACCCUGCAAGCACUGACCUGCGCAUCGACUACAAAUACAAUACAGAGGCAAUGACCACGCCUGUAGCUCUAAACAACGUCCAGUUCCUCGUCCCCGUCGAUGGAGGAGUAACCAAACUCCAAGCUGUGCUUCCUCCUGCUGUCUGGAAUGCUGAACAGCAAAGGAUAUUGUGGAAGAUCCCUGAUAUCUCCCAGAAGUCAGAAAACGGAGGUGUGGGCUCGCUGCUGGCGCGCUUCCAGCUGUCUGAGGGGCCCAGCUCGCCGGCCCCGCUGGCCGUGCAGUUCACCAGCGAGGGCAGCACCUUGUCCAGCUGCGACAUCGAGCUGGUGGGCGCCGGGUACCGCUUCUCCCUCAUCAAGAAGAGGUUUGCAGCAGGUAAAUAUUUGGCGGAUAACUGAUGGAAGCUUAUGCAAGUCUAUGGAAAAUACUAUGGAAAAUACCCAAGGACUGCUGUGCGUGGAACGGGUUUUAAUCACAGUUUAAGGAAAAUGAACUAAAUCCUGCACUCGGGACAUUUCUGUUGGAAGUGUCGACAACUUUCAGCGUUUUUUUUCCUUGGAAAACACCGUCUUGACCAGUCCUCCAGUAUUUACUUCUAGAUGUAACAUUGUUAAUGGUUUUAAAAUGUAAUUAUUGUAUUUGUAAAUUGUACUCAUUCCAGUAAGGCUGUAUUUUGGCAGUUAGACACUUGAGUUUUAGCAUUUUACCAUUCAUGAAAUGGAUGUAAUUUAAACUGUGGUAUAUAAAUCUAAUAGUAGUACUGUUGAAUGGCACAAUGCUUACCGAGGUAGAUUGCAUUUUGUCAAUAUAUACAAUUUAAAUACGAUACUGGUAGCUGUUAUGAAGGGGGUGCCUCAUCAAAAGAGAGUUCAGUAGGGCCCACAGGCUGAUUUAAUUUUCCUUCAGUCCUUAGUACGUCUCACAGCGAUCAAUAAAAAGCUGAACCUUCAGGUUCAGCUGGUUUAACUCCAGAAAAAUAUUCUUGGAAAGGCGGAGGUUCCUAGGACAGUCUCCCAAGAAGGAAAUCUCACUUCUGCAAGGAGUAUUUACCCCAAAUUUCCAGCCCUGUGUUCUCUUAGAACUGCAGACUCCCUGUUGGAAUCCCAGCAGCGCUUCCCUGCCCCAUGCCCGGGUAUUUUUGGGGACAGAGAUGAGGAAAGAAGCAGCAAAGAGGCACAAAAUGUCAUUUUUUGGUUCGAGGAUGCAUUUCCCCAGCUGCCUCCGGACGUUCCGUUGUGUUUUUGCCUUGCUUUGCUGGCUUUUUUCUGCCUUUCUCCCCCAUUUUUUUGAAAGCUCUACGGGUUUAGAAAAUGCUUUAAAGAAUUGCAGCUGCACCUGCUUGUCUAUUUUAGCACUCAGGCAGGAAAAUGUGUGUGGAAAAACACAGGGAAAGAAUUCCCCAGGGAGCAGGAGCAGCACUGGGGGUGUUGGUAUCAGCCAGGGCAGGAGCCCAGCUCACCAGAACUGGCAGCAGCUGUCUUGUAGAGAUGGGAAAACACGUGGAAGUGCUAAAUUGGGGAAUGGGGGACAAAAUAUUGUCCCUCUGUGUUCCCCCUGUGCCACUGAGUGCUGCUCAUUCCUGUGGAUCUGGCUCUCAUCCCACUCCUGGCAGCGUGGUGAGAGCCUUGGUGGCAUUCAUGGUGCUGCAGCUGCUUGUUAAACAGCAGAAUUUGGCAAUUUGGGGGAAGAAAAAUGAAGGAAUCUUUGUGAAAUUAAACACAGAUGCACAGAGGAGCAGACACCAAGGGGUGCUGGGGCUUUGGGAAAGUGUAAGGUGACAAAAAUGCUGAUGUCCCAAGUGUUGCCAGGAUUGCAGUGUGCAUUUCACUGGAAAACAGCCUGGGCACGGUGGGAAGUGCUCAUGGAGCAGUCUGAUGAAGGAAAACAGAUCUCUGCCCAUCUUGAGAGAUUUUGGGAAUCGUGGGGGAUAUUUCAAGCAGGAAAUGUUGGGAUAUUUCAGGUGUGAGGUGGCUUCCAGGCUGAGAUCUGCGGAGUGAGCUGUGUGUGAGCUGACAGAAGGCAGCAGCAGGAAAGGAAAAGCACAAUUCACUUCCCACAUGCUCACAGAUUUUGGGAGUGCACUCCCCAGUGUUCCACUCCAUGAAUGAUUCUCCCCUGAACUGGAAAUUUGUAUCAAGUGUGGAGCUCACCCCUUUCUGACACAGAAACCCCAAGAAUCAGGUUUAUGGUGCAUUCAAUUGCUCCAAACCCAUCCUUCCAAUAGAGAUCUAUGGCACAGACCUGAAAAAAAUGGAUUUAUAAUGUAAAUAUUACCAGAACAUAGAGAUUUUACUUUAUAUUUAAUCUGAAAGACAAGGUGUUUACAUUGGCAUUGGGUUUUUGAGUGCUUUUUAAACAGAAAAACCCAUAACCCAAAGCUCCCAGGCUCAUCUUGUUUGAGCUGGGGAACAAAACAGAGGUCACUUUUUCGGGACACAGCCCUGAUGGCCUGGAGAGAGAGAUGGGAACAGCCUGGGACAUUUUGUCCUAUUUCUGGGGGUGGGAUGUGCCAGCACUCCCAGCCCCACAGGUGGCAGGUGACACCAGCCCUGUGACACUGGGACCAAAAGCAGUGAUUUGGGACAGGUUUUUCCAUCCUGCUCUCGCCAGUUUUUGGCAGAGUGUUUUCUCAGAGUGCCCUGGGCUUUGCUGGGAGUUUGGUGAGAGCACUGCCUCCAGAGAGGGACCUGUGCUCAGAGCAAUCAAGCUCUGCAGGCUUCACCUCGGCUUUUAGGAAGGAAAAUCUGUGUAUUUUCAGGGAAUUCUUCUGUUUGGGCUUGUCUGACCCCUCACAGAGAGCAGGGAGGUGAAAUGGCUCCGAUUUGGUUUCACAGAGAUCCCAGACUGGUUUGGGUGGGGAGGGACCUUAAAAAUCCUCCUGUUCCUUCUCUGCCAUGGCAGGGAUACUUUCCACCAUCCCAGGCUGCUCCAGCCUGGCCUUGGGCACUGCCAGGGAUCCAGGGGCAGCCACAGCUGCUCUGGGAAUUCCAUCCCAGGGAACAAUUCCCAAUUCCCAAUCUCCCAUCCAUCCCUGCCCUCUGGCAGUGAAGCCAUUCCCUGUGUCCUGUCCCUCCCUGCCUUGUCCCCAGCCCCUCUCCAGGCCCUGCCAGGGGCUCUGAGCUCUCCCUGGAUCCUUCUCCUCUCCAGGCUGGGCAUUCCCAGCUCUCCCAGCCUGGCUCCAGCCCUGGAGCAUUCCCAGAGCUGUUUCCCAGCAGGGCUUUUCCCAAGCCAGGCUGAGCUGGAGAGGGGCUGAGCCCUCUGGCACUGCCCAGCCCUGGCACCCCUGGGCUCGGCAGCACCAGGAUCCAUCUGGGUGAACAGAAGGAUAAAUAAAGGAGGUUUUCAAUGGUAAAAAUGUGAAUGCAUGCACAGAAAGGCUUUAGCUCUGCUCCUUCUGUGGAUGUUCCCCUUUAGACUCUGUCCUCAACCUCUCCCCAAGGAAUUUUCCCUGGGAAUUUGGCAGCCCACACCUGCAGAGUCAAGGUCCCCCUGGCAGAGCAGGAGAGUUUUUUCCCCAUGGACACCUUCACACUUGGAAUCUUACAUGGCAGGAGUGGGAAGUCAUUUAUUGCCACCUUUCUGCUGUUUGUUGCAAGCAGUCACAAUUCUCAGCCAGCUCAAGGUGCUCCUCACAGGAGACCUUUCAGAGCAGUUCUCUACAUUAACAAUAUUUCUUAGUAACUCUGAAAUCUCUCAAUAGUAGGAAAAAACACCAAAUAAUGAGCUUUUCAUUUGGUGUCUGCAUUUGUUCUUAAAUGUCACUGCCCUGUUUACAUCUUCUUGGUUCUGUUGUCAUUCAGUAUUCCAGUGAAAUUAAUUUGUCUUCACUCUGCCCUUUCAGGUUUUAUCUAUAAUUUUUUUUAAAAUAUGCCAGUUUCUGUUGGAAUGCCCUCCCUCUGUAGCCAGGCAGAGCAGGGAUGGGAAGGGAAGGUACAGCCCCCCUGCCACCCUUCCCAGGCUUCUCCCUCCAGCAGGAGCAUCCUAAAAAAAGAGUCACCACCUCUUUCUCCCAGCAGAAGCAUUUUUAAAUUGCUGGAGUGCACUGAAAAGGUGACAGAUUUUUAAUUUACCUAAGAGAGAGUCAAACAUUUUUUUUUUCCCUGCCCUUUUGUGGUUUUCAUGUGAAAAUAUCUCAGUUAAAACCCCUAAUUUUGAAGUUGUCAUGACCAAAAUACGUAACACCAUCCUGUUGUACUUCCCAGGUUAGGAAUGACUGUCUCAAAGAUUUCACUUCAAAGCCAGAAUUCUUCUGUUCCUCUUUUCCUCACGGUUUCCCAAGGAAAUGAAUCUGUGUAGAGGCAGGGAGGUUUUAUGAUAAUCAGGAUUAUUCCAGUCAGGAUUUUAAUUCUUCUUUCACUGCAAGGCAAGGGAAAGGUUGGCAGGAAUACUCCCUGCUCCUGCCUGGCUUCCCUUGUCCCUUUGGGAGGGGUGAUGCUGCUGGCAGUGGUUCUUGGAGCCACGAAAUUGGUGGUGAUGCUCUUCAAAGGCUUGGGGACGAGCAGGAUGCGGUGGAACACCCCAGACCCCAGCGGGGCUUUGGGGGUGCCUUGUCCAUCCCUCAGAAAUCCCAGGUUUGCUGGGAAUUGCUGGGGAUGUGCUGCCCCCAUGUCGGGCUCCUCAUCCAUGCAGGAAGGGGUUUUUCACUCCCAAAGUUCCAAGGAUGAUGAAAUCCCCCGGGUGCUUGGAUGACCUGGAAUAAACAGAGACGUGGCGUGGUCUGAGCCAGGAUUUGGUUUGGGAUGUGCCAGGAAGCUCCCAGGGCUGGUGGGAGGAGGGCCCAGGAUGUGGGACAAGCCCACUGUGACACCCCAGCAGUGAAUCAGAUACCCCCAGGCAUCACCCUGGACCACUUAACGAACUCCCUCGUGUAUAAAAUGUUUAUAAAUAUUUGUGGAUGAAGAUACACAGGUCUAUUUUUAAGAUUUAAGUUAAAUAAGUUAAUGAAUGGCUGGCCUUUUCUGCCUAAACGUGCAAUGAGAUAUAUUAUACCUUUAGUCUAUGAUGGCCUAGGUACUGCUUAGUCUGUGAUGAAAACUUUGCUGCUUUCCUACUGUUCUCAGAGAAAAAAAAAAAAAAACAAAAAACAAAAAAACCAACCUAUAAAAGACGUACAGGUUUGUUGCACAGGGACUACUGCAGCGAAGCUUUGUAUUUGACCACUGGUAAUAUGAAUGUGUUGUAUUGACUUGUUGAAGAUAAUCAUGAAACAACAUAUUUUAAAUGUUACUUGCCUUAUAGAUUAGAGUACGACUAUGUGGAUAUCAUUUUUUGUAAAUACUGUUUUUUAUAAAUGUCUCUCCUCCAUCCUCCCCGUCACCGAUUUCACCGACUCUCAAAUAUGCAAUUAUUUACCAUGCAGAGCGUUGUGACAAAGAAAUCCCCACAUCAGAACAAAGUUUAUUCAUUCUAUACAUAAGAACCCCAUGAAAUACCCAACUGAGUUGCAAUUUAAAUGUGAUUAUUAUUAUUAUUUUUUCCCUUGAAAAUAAACAAAAAAAUGUACAACA